AUACCCACCCACACAUCUUCGCAUCUUUUUUUUUUAUCUCUCCAUCUCUCUCUCUCUCUGUUUAAAAGGGAACAUCUCAAAUUCUCUCAAAUCUUCAAACACACCACCAACACCAACAUCAAGCCUUUUCUUUUCUGAUUCUUCUAUCCACAAUUUAUAUAUAAAAGAAAAGUAGACCAAACCAAAGGCAUGUUGAUACUAUUCCCUACUCACUACUCCCUCUAUUCCUUUCCUUCUUCUUCUUCUUCUUCUUCUUCACUGCUCUCUGUCUCUGUCUCAGUUUUUCACUCUGUCUUCAACCACAUCCAAUAGAACUCUUACAGUACUAGAACUAGAACCCCCCACAAUCCAAACCCAACCCCACAAAGCGUUGACUUUUGUUUUGUUAUUCUGUGUCUGACCAAACAGUGGUUAAAUGGAGCAACCAGUUCUGGACGACAUCAUCAAUCGUCUUCUGGAAGUCCGAGGUCGACCGGGCAAGCAGGUCCAGCUCUCCGAGUCCGAGAUCCGACAACUCUGUAGCGCUUCCAGAGAGAUUUUCUUGCAACAGCCUAACCUGUUGGACCUUCAAGCGCCUAUCAAGAUUUGUGGUGACAUACAUGGUCAAUAUUCUGAUCUUUUAAGGCUUUUUGAGUAUGGAGGAUUACCUCCUAAUGCCAACUACUUAUUUUUGGGGGAUUAUGUGGAUCGAGGCAAGCAGAGUUUAGAAACAAUAUGUCUACUUCUAGCAUAUAAAAUAAAAUAUCCUGAAAACUUUUUCCUCUUGAGGGGAAACCACGAAUGUGCUUCGAUCAAUCGUAUAUACGGUUUUUACGAUGAAUGUAAGAGAAGAUUUAAUGUACGGUUAUGGAAGAUAUUCACAGAUUGCUUUAACUGUCUGCCAGUGGCAGCCCUAAUUGACGAAAAGAUUCUCUGCAUGCAUGGGGGCCUCUCUCCUGAUCUACAUGAUUUGGAUCAGAUUAGAAAUUUGCAGCGGCCAACUGAUGUACCAGAUACAGGUUUGCUCUGUGAUCUUCUCUGGUCCGAUCCCAGUAAAGAUAUUAAAGGUUGGGGAAUGAAUGAUAGAGGAGUUUCAUUUACAUUUGGUGAUGACAAGGUGUCUGAGUUUCUUCAGAAGCAUGAUUUGGAUCUCAUUUGUCGUGCUCACCAGGUUGUAGAGGAUGGAUAUGAGUUCUUUGCUGAGCGACAACUUGUAACUAUAUUUUCCGCACCUAAUUACUGUGGGGAGUUUGACAAUGCUGGUGCCAUGAUGAGUGUGGACGACACGCUAAUGUGCUCCUUCCAAAUAUUAAAGCCUGCAGAUAAAAAGCAAAGGUUCAACUUUGGGAGCACAACUACAUCUAAACCUGGAAAUUCUCUAGCAGGGAUGAAUAUGUUUGGGAGCACGACUACAACUAAGCCUGGAAACUCACCAACUGGAGUCAAGUCCUUCCUUGGGGCAAUGUGAGAUUUGUAUUGGCAGAUAGAGGAGGUGUGACAGCCCAGUUGGGUCAAGAACACGUGGGGUUGCCCAUAAAGGAGGAAACUUGAGGUCCAUUCAAUUAUUCUAUAAUAUGUUCAAAUUGUAUAAAUUGGAAGGAAAAUAUCUUUAGAAAGUAAUGCAAAAGAUAGUUUUCCUUGAUACAAAGCUGUGUUUGAAGAUAGAGGCUGUAGUCUCCUUUUCCACCUUGUACACUAAUAGCUGCAAUAGAUGCUGCUAUGAAUUAUUAGCUUAAAGUGUUUUCUCCCGUGUCUGUUCUGAAACCAUGAAACAUGCCUAAACAGUACUCGUCAUUAUUGGUGAUUUAGGGACAAAAACAUGAAGUUGUUAACAAAUUUUCUCAUGUA